AUGUAUCUGAUAAGCGAUGAAAAGACAUCGGAAUGCGCUGUGGUCGAUCCGGCCGAACCCGAUAAGUUGGUCGAGGUAAUUAGAAUAGAAGGUUUGAAAUUAACCACAGUGCUAACGACACACCAUCAUGGUGACCAUGCUGGAGGCAACAACAGAUUACUACGGUUAAUGGGUGCUGCAAAUGGUCAAAUCAAAGUUAUAGGUGCAGAUCCAUCACUGCAAGGCCUCAAUUAUCGAGUGAAAGAUAAUGAAAAGAUUAAGAUUGGAGAUAUAGAAGUGACAUGCCUUUUGACACCAUGCCACACAGCAGGUCAUGUUUGUUAUCUAGUAACAGACGGACGCGAACAAGCGGUCUUCACUGGUGACACACUAUUUAGUGCAGGAUGCGGCCUAUUUUUUGAAGGUACUGCCGCACAAAUGCAAUCAAGUCUUAAGAAAUUGGCGCAACUCGAUCCGAAAACGCUAGUUUAUUGUGGCCAUGAGUAUACCAAGGAGAAUAUGGUAUUCGCUGUUAUUGUCGAGCCAGAUAAUCCAGAUGUGAGAACUAAGGAAGCUAGCCUCACAUUGGUUAAUAUACCGUCGACUAUCGGCGACGAACUGACGUUCAAUCCGUUUAUGCGAACCAAUCAACCCAGCGUCCAAAAGUUCACCGGAACACAUGAUCCAGUUGAGUGCAUGGCGAAACUGCGUGAAGAAAGAAAUAAAUAUUAG